GUGCGAGAAGAUGUAUUAAACUCAUUAAAUAACAAUUUUCUCCAAACAUUAAACCAAGCAUGGAAUGAUCACCAGACAGCAAUGGUGAUGAUUAGAGAUAUUCUGAUGUAUAUGGACCGUGUGUAUGUACAACAAAACAAUGUGGAAAAUGUCUACAAUUUGGGAUUAAUAAUUUUUCGAGAUCAAGUUGUACGGUACGGGUGCAUUAGAGAUCAUCUCCGACAGACUUUGUUAGACAUGAUUGCAAGGGAACGGAAAGGAGAAGUGGUGGAUAGAGGAGCAAUAAGAAAUGCUUGCCAGAUGUUAAUGAUUCUAGGCCUUGAAGGAAGAUCAGUCUAUGAAGAAGACUUUGAAGCUCCAUUUCUGGAGAUGUCAGCAGAAUUCUUUCAGAUGGAAAGUCAGAAAUUUUUAGCAGAAAAUAGUGCUUCAGUUUAUAUAAAGAAAGUAGAAGCUAGAAUUAAUGAAGAAAUAGAACGUGUGAUGCACUGUCUUGAUAAAUCAACUGAAGAGCCAAUUGUCAAAGUUGUUGAGAGGGAGCUUAUUUCCAAGCAUAUGAAGACCAUAGUGGAAAUGGAAAAUUCUGGUCUAGUUCACAUGUUGAAAAAUGGAAAAACAGAAGAUCUUGCGUGUAUGUACAAAUUAUUUAGUCGUGUCCCAAAUGGUUUAAAGACAAUGUGCGAAUGUAUGAGUACCUAUUUGAGAGAACAAGGUAAAGCACUUGUAUCUGAAGAAGGUGAAGGAAAGAACCCAGUGGACUAUAUUCAGGGCUUACUGGAUUUGAAGAGUAGGUUUGACCGCUUCCUUCAAGAAUCUUUUAAUAAUGACAGGCUCUUCAAACAAACAAUUGCGGGUGAUUUUGAAUAUUUCCUUAACCUCAACUCUAGAUCUCCAGAGUAUCUCUCAUUAUUUAUUGAUGAUAAGCUAAAAAAAGGAGUCAAGGGACUAACAGAGCAAGAGGUGGAAACUAUAUUGGACAAGGCGAUGGUUUUGUUUAGAUUUAUGCAAGAAAAAGAUGUAUUUGAGCGAUAUUAUAAGCAGCACUUAGCAAGGAGGCUUCUGACAAACAAGAGUGUUUCAGAUGACUCAGAGAAAAAUAUGAUAUCUAAGCUAAAGACUGAAUGUGGAUGUCAAUUCACAUCAAAAUUAGAAGGAAUGUUCAGGGACAUGAGCAUCUCAAACACAACAAUGGAUGAAUUUAGACAACAUCUACAGGCCACAGGGGUCUCACUAGGCGGUGUUGAUCUGACAGUGCGGGUUCUCACAACGGGUUACUGGCCCACUCAGUCGGCCACACCAAAGUGCAACAUUCCCCCAGCCCCCAGGCAUGCUUUUGAAAUAUUUAGGAGGUUUUAUUUAGCCAAACACAGUGGACGGCAGCUAACACUCCAACAUCACAUGGGUUCUGCAGAUCUUAAUGCGACCUUCUAUGGCCCUGUAAAAAAAGAAGAUGGUUCAGAGGUUGGUGUAGGAGGUGCCCAAGUAACUGGCUCUAAUACAAGGAAGCACAUAUUGCAAGUCUCUACUUUCCAGAUGACAAUACUCAUGCUUUUUAAUAACAGAGAAAAAUACACUUUUGAGGAGAUACAACAAGAGACAGAUAUUCCUGAAAGAGAGCUUGUACGAGCGCUGCAGUCCCUUGCAUGUGGCAAACCUACACAACGGGUUCUUACAAAAGAGCCAAAAUCAAAAGAAAUAGAAAAUGGACAUAUAUUUACAGUGAAUGAUCAAUUCACAUCCAAACUGCACAGAGUCAAGAUUCAAACAGUUGCUGCCAAACAAGGAGAGUCAGACCCCGAAAGAAAAGAAACAAGACAGAAAGUAGAUGAUGACAGAAAGCAUGAGAUAGAGGCUGCUAUAGUGCGGAUAAUGAAAUCUAGAAAGAAGAUGCAACAUAAUGUGCUAGUAGCAGAGGUAACUCAACAACUGAAGGCACGAUUUCUCCCAAGUCCAGUUGUUAUUAAAAAGCGUAUUGAAGGACUUAUUGAGCGAGAAUAUUUGGCACGAACACCUGAGGACCGCAAAGUAUACACUUACGUAGCAUAAAACGUGUCCCACAACUAUGAUUUAUUCUUGGACUAUAUUCUUCGCAUGAACUGAGAAGUUCUUUUAAAAAUCAUUAAAUAUUAAGACGACCAUAUCUUCUAUUAAAUUACAAUACAUGUUCUAGACCAGUCAGAUCAAGCCUUUACUCCUUCAGAAAGUUUUUCAACAUCAAAAUGAUUGAGCUUCAAGCUUCUCAGCAUUUAUCCCUGUAGAGAUCAUCCUUACAGUUUCCUCGGGAAAAUGUGAAUGUGCCGCGUUUUUGUUUUCAAUACUGUAUGAAAACAGGAAAAAAAAAUAAAAACAAAUUUAGAAAAUACAGCUCAUUAAAAAAAAAAAAAUUGUUGAAAUUU